AUGGGAACCGAUAACCCGCUACCGCUGCCCCACAUAUCGUCAUUGUCAGCGUUCUUUGCAUCUUUGGCUGAAUCUGACGCUAGUUAUGAUUUCCUAUCGUCUUACCAAGUUGAUCCAGCCAUACAGGACGAGAAGUGUUACCGUCAUUGUGCGAAACCAACCCUCGCUUCCCAGUGCUCGAGGUAUUCAAGCACUAGGGCCGGUUCUGGAAGUACCCACGAAUUUUCCGAGGGAUGUGUUCAUAAUGCAGCCAAGAAGUCCCAUGAUUCGUCAAUAAAAGCUCAGCCUAAAGCUCAGCUCGAAGACGAGUACAGCCAAAGUCAGCAUCAAAAAGUUGAUAGCCACCAAUUUGAAAUGGCCAUUCAUCCUGAAGGGUUACCAUAUUUUUAUCAAGACAAGUUCGUUACUUAUGAUAACGUGAAUGAUCCAAAUAUCAAGAAGCUUACGGUGGUGGCGGUUGCAUUUGUUUGCUAUAUGCUGAGAAAUAUGAAGGAUACUCAGAGCGACUUUGCGUUUCAUGAAGAAGUCGAGCUUUGUAUCGAACUGAAAACCACGAAUUAUCCACCCGAGUUCAACUACUACAUUGUAGAUCAUGCAAAACAGUCAAUAUUUUGGGCUGAUAUUCGAGAGCCUGAAAGUAUCAAAGAAAUAAAAGGAAUAGCUCGGGGUAGGUGA